AUGGGCGAUGCCGCGAAUCCACCCGUCUUUAAUGACGGAUCGCCAAAAAACUUUCUGGCUUCAAGGUCAAGUCCCAAGCCUCUGGUUGAAUUGAUUGCGUUGAUUUAUCGAACAACCGACAAGGAAGUUUUUCGUUUCAAACGUCUGGAGUGCCUCAUUCAGGAGAUGCAGUGUCAGCUAGACCAGGGCUUCCUCAACGAGAUGUUUGACUUUUUCGCCGGCAGUGUUCCUGAAAAAGAUGAGAUAACAGGCUUUUUGAUUGACCAGAGGAGUACUGAGGGUGAGCUUCUGGACCUUCCCGUCAUAAAGGAUAUUCUCCGCGGUGGUAAAGACUCCAUCUUUGACUUCCUGCAUAUUUCCCCAAUCAAGAUGCACGUCAGCUUCUCCCUCGUGGGUUCUCAGGAGGGACGUCAAACGGCCUUCCACAAUGAUGUCCUCAACCUUUUCCUACAGUCGCUCGGUGUCGCGCUGACUGAUGUCCAAGAUGUUAUUUUCAAGUAA